AUGUCAAAUCCAACCCCUCAGGAAGUGGUGCAUGCCUACCGACACCUGUACCGAGGGCUCCUUCAUGCGGUACAAUUCUCUAUGCCAGCAAGAUUUACAGCAAGAGACCAAUUGAGAGACGCCUUCCGCAAAGAGGAUCCGUCGACUUUCAACAAGGACAAGAUAGCCAGGACGGUGGAAUUUCUCAAGUUAGCCGCUCAAGAAACAGGGCUUGAGCAUCGGCUUGUCAAGAAUCUCCUGCGCACGAAUUAUGAGCGACGAAGGGCGUAUCUUUUGGCAAAGAAAGAUAGGAAGCCAGCUCAAAUUAAGAUACGGAAGACUUCCAUGAUCCACUACGAUAUGACAUUGGCCAUGCUCAAUGAUAGUAUGGGUCUCUGCUUGCGAUGA